AUGUCGAAGAUCGAGGCAGCCUUCUUCUACCUCGCGGAAGGCAGCUACCUCAUCGGCGUCAUGCUGUCCCAUGUCGACGACCUGUUCAGCGCCGGGGAAGGAAAGAAGUACGACGACACCAUCAAGGCCCUCGAGAAGGAACUGCGUCUCAAGGUCAAGCAAGGUGAGUUUGGUCCAGACAGGGUGCGAUCGAGCUCGACCAGUACGACGCCAUUGAGGGACCGUCGCAAGCAAGUCAAUGCCGAGCUGAACGACAACGAGAAAACCCAGUUCCGUGGCCUCAUCGGACAAAUGGGUUGGAUCACUCGGCAGUCCAGGCCCGACCUCAUGGUGAACGUCAGCAUGGCUGCACAGUCUAUGGGAAGUCCAAAGAUAAAGGACGUCGUCAACCUCAACAAGGCGGACGCGACGGUGUUCUGUUUCGCCGACAGCAGCUUCGCGAAUGUCGAGAGGCAGAAAUCCCAGUGCGGCUACGUCAUCGGCCUCACCAAGAAGGAGAUCCUGGAUGGCGGCGAGGUCCCGAUCUACAUCGUCGAGACCUACUCCGGAAGCAUAAAGCGUGUUGGCCGCUCUACCCUUGCGGCAGAGAGCAAUGGUUUCCUCACUGGCGUCGAGUCGGCCGAGUACCUCAGGUCUUUAAUCCUUGAGCUGCUUCAUCCUGGAGUUCUUCUUCGUGAUCUCGAUGCGCACUACCGAAAGGGCAAGCUUGUCUGCGUCACAGAUGCGAAGAGCCUGGAGGCCACCCUGAACCGGGACACCGGCGCUCCACAGGACAAGCGUGUGCGCAUCCUCGUAGCACAGAUCAGGGAGAUGAUUGGAGAGAACAAUUUCGAGGACGAAGCAGAGAGCGCCUUCGCACACUGGUGCGACACCUCGCAGAUGCUUGCGGAUGUUUUGACCAAGAUCGGGUGCGAACGAGCACCUCUCCUCCAGGCCUUGCACUCCGGCCGUUGGCAGCUGGAACCGAGCGAGGAGGCCCUUCUCAAGAAGAUGUCCAUUCGCGCUGGUGGCGCAACCAAGCAAGACAAAGUGCCAGCAAACAUGCUUCCAAGUGUAAAUGUUGCAAUGGCACCUUGGCGCUCCUUUGCAGUGGCUUUUGCCAUUGCCUUUGACGUGGGAACAGGACCAAUCAUCCUCAUACCAACCUUGUUCACCAAGUUCCUCACCUUCAAGUGGCGCAUUGUCAUCAAGUGCGCUGGCACUGCCCGAAGGGCACUGCGACACAACAUGGCGGUGUGUCUUCAGCGGGCAAUCUGCGCAAUGCGGCGCAAAGACCGCCGCAGCGGCCAGGUGCAGGUGAGUCGAGCAGUGAGGAGGAGGACUCUGAAAGUGAGGACUUGCAGCCUCAGCUUGCCAAAACGACAUCCGGCUGGCGGUCGACCUGCGCAAGCAGACGCAGACUUCAUUGAGAGUGAUGAGGUGUAG